AUGGCGGGCGAGGAGGUCACUGGGAUCACUGUGCGCUGGUCGGGGAAGGAGUUCAAGUUCAAUGUGCCGGGAUCCGAUACGGUGGGCGACCUGAAGAGGCGCAUCGCGGACGAGACGCACGUGGACCCGAAGCGCCAGAAACUCAUCGGGCUGAAACUCAAGACCCCUGGCGCUCCCAGCGACCAACACAGGAUCGAGGAGCUGGCGCUGAAGGCAACAACCAAAUUAAUGAUGAUGGGGCAGCCGGACGAAGUGAUCGCCAAGGUGGCCGAGGAGGCGGCCGCGGCGCCGGAGGUCGAGGACGACUUCGACAUCGACAGGAUCGGCACGGAGCUGUACGAUCCCAGGGAGGACCCGGAGCUGCACGCGCGGAUCCAGAAACGCGUGGACGCGACCACUGUCGAGAUUCGCACUCAGCCUCGCCCAGGGAAGAAGUGCCUCGUUCUCGACAUCGACUACACGCUGUUCGACCUGGGCAGCACGGCGGAGCGCCCCGACGAAAUGGCGCGGCCGUACCUGCACGAGUUCCUCCGGCGCGCGCACGAGAACUACGACAUCAUUAUUUGGUCGGCAACGAGCAUGAAGUGGGUGGAGGUGAAAAUGAGGGAGCUCGGCGUGCUCGGCAACGACGCUUACGGCAUCGUCGCGCUCGUGGACUCGCGCGCGAUGAUCUCCGUGUCCAUCGGCGGGGAGCCGUCCUUCAGCUGCAAGCCCCUGCAGUACAUUUGGAAGAAAUUCGACGGCACAUACACGCCGGACAACACGCUCAUUGUGGACGACCUGAGCCGGAACUUCGUCAUGAACCCGCAGCAGGGCCUCAAGUGCGUGCCGUUCCGACACUGCCACACUACAGGGAAGAACGACACGGAGCUGCGCGGCCUCGCGGACUACCUGGACCUGAUCGCCCCUCUGCGGUCCCUGGCGGCUCUGCGCCACAGCCGGUGGCAGCGCUACGUAGCAAAGUACACGAACCGGAAGGCGGACUUCAUGGCGCGGUACGACCGGCCGCCGAGAGACGAGCGCGACGAGCGGCACGAGCCCGCGGAGGGGGCGGGGGAGUGA